AUGGCCCAGGGCUUCUGGCGGCUCUACAAGGCCAAAGUGCUGCAGACCCUCGGGGGGCCCCGGGCGGACGGGGCGCUGCAGGACGAGGGAGACUCCCCCGAGCUGAUGGAGACGGCCGAGACCCCCGCGCUGAUGGAGGAGGGGCCCGGCCCCGUGUCCCAGCUGGCGAGGAAGGUGAGGAGGGGCUGGAGGACGCUCUCGUCCCUCUUCACCCGCGAGGACGAGCACCAGCUGCUCAGCCCGGAGCCCUGCGCGGACCACCCACUGGCUGCUGAGCCACCUGAGCUGCCCCAGGCUGAGAAGGCACCCGGAUUUUGGGAUCUCUUUGCUACCAAGUGGCAGCAGGCGACAGGGCCGGACAAGGGGGUGCCCCCCCCGGAGCCGGAUGAGAGUCCCGGGGAGCCCCCGGGCGAGGAUGGCAGCGACCUGCGGGAGCCGGAGGAAGGGGCCUUCCACUGGGGCUUCCUGGCCGGCAAACUGGCUGAAAUCCGGAAUAAAAACGCCCCCAAGGGCAACUAG